CAUCUUGGCCUAGGCGGGAGCGAGCCGCACGCGAGAGUAAACAGCCCGAGCCGGGAAAGUCGAGUUCCGGCUUCGUCCGGGUGCCGCGGGUUAGCGGCGGAGAGGACGCAGUCCUGAUCUUCAUACGUGGGGGUGGCCGACAUGACGGCCCCGGGUGCAAGCCCCCUGGCGCCGCUGUUGGAGACUUUGGAAGACCCUUCCGCCCCCCUUGGAGAGCAGACCGACGCUUACCUGACUCUGACCAGUCGAAUGACUGGAGAAGAUGGAAAAGAAGUCAUUAUGGAAAUUGAGAGAAAACUUUCUCGGCUAUUCAGAGUUUUAAAAAUUCACAUUUCCAGUCAAAACUCAGACCUCAGUAGUGCUGCUCUACAGGCCUUGGGGUUUUGUUUGUAUAAUCCCAAAAUUACCUCAGGAUUAUCAGACACAGAUAUUGAAGAACUGCUUUUAAAAUUGAAUGAUAGUGUUAAGAGCUCAGACAAAAAUGUACGUACUAGGGCACUUUGGGUGAUAUCCAAGCAGACGUUUUCCACUGAAAUCAUUGGCAAAGUAGUAUCCACUAUAAUUGAUUCAUUAGAAAUAGUAUUUAAUAGAGGAGAGCUGCAUUCUGCUGUUGUUGAUUAUGAAGCAUUAAAUGUCAUCAUAAGGCUAAUUGAACAAGCCCCAGUUCAAAUGGGAGAAGAGUCAAUUAGGUGGGCAAAACUGGUCAUACCUUUAGUGGUUCAUUCUGCCCAAAAGGUACAUUUGAGAGGAGCAACUGCUUUAGAGAUGGGAAUGCCGUUGUUGCUUCAAAAACAACAAGAAAUAGCAUCUAUCACAGAGCAGCUUAUGACUACUAAAUUACUUUCAGAACUCCAAAAGCUAUUUAUGAGUAAGAAUGAGACUUACGUGUUAAAAUUGUGGCCUUUGUUUGUCAAACUUCUUGGGAAGACCUUGCAUCGAAGUGGGAGUUUCAUUAAUUCUCUAUUACAGCUGGAAGAACUAGGAUUUCGUAGUGGAGCACCCAUGAUUAAAAAAAUAGCAUUUAUUGCCUGGAAGAGUUUAAUAGAUAAUUUUGCUUUGAAUCCAGAAAUAUUAUGCAGUGCGAAAAGACUGAAGUUGUUAAUGCAGCCUUUGAGUUCCAUCCAUGUGAGAACAGAAACUCUAGCACUAACAAAACUAGAAGUCUGGUGGUAUUUACUAAUGAGACUUGGACCUCAUCUUCCUGCUAAUUUUGAACAGGUGUGCGUGCCUCUGAUUCAGAGUACAAUAAGCAUCGAUUCUAAUGCUUUGCCUCAAGGCAGUUCAUCUCGUGUAGCUACUUCUCCCGGUUUAAAUCCCAUGACUCCUAUACACAAAGGUGCUUCCCCAUAUGGAACUCCUGUAACUCCUCGGAUGAACUUAAGUUCAAAUUUUGGUGGAAUGGCCACAAUCCCCUCUAUUCAACUUUUGGGACUUGAAAUGCUGCUUCAUUUUUUGUUGGGUCCAGAAGUCUUGAGUUUUGCUAAGCAAAACAAACUUGUACUGAGCUUAGAGCCACUCGAACAUCCAUUAAUCAGCAGCUCUUCUUUUUUUUCCAAACAUGCAAGUACGCUUAUCACUGCUGUUCAUGAUAGCUUUGUUGCGGUUGGAAAAGAUGCUUCUGAGGCAGUUGUCAAUGCUAUUUGGAAGGAACUAAUUAGCUUGAUGAAAUCAAUCAUUGAAUCAGGUAACAAAAAAGAGAGACCAGGUUCUGAAGUUUUGACCCUCUUACUAAAAUCGUUAGAAAGCAUAGUAAAGUCAGAAGUAUUUCCUGUAUCAAAAACAUUGGUCCUCAUGGAAAUUACAAUUAAAGGACUGCCCCAGAAAGUAUUAGGUUCACCAGCAUAUCAGGUUGCUAAUAUGGAUAUUCUUAAUGGGACUCCUGCUUUGUUCUUAAUUCAGUUAAUUUUCAACAAUAAUCUCCUGGAAUAUGGUGUAGAAGAUGAAAGGUUUUUUCUCAAUCUGGAAACACUUGUAGGCUGUGUCCUUUCUGGACCAACUUCACCACUAGCUUUCAGUGACUCUGUUUUAAAUGUUAUUAAUCAAAAUGCAAAGCUGUUGGAAAACAAGGAGCACCUCUGGAGAAUGUGGAGUAUUAUAGUCACCCCACUAACUGAAUUGAUUAAUCAGACCAAUGAAGUGAAUCAAGGUGAUGCCUUAGAACAUAACUUUAGUGCCAUAUAUGGUGCAUUGACUUUACCAAUAAACCAUAUAUUUUCAGUACAGAAAUUUCCAGUGGCUACCAUGAAGACCUUACUUAGAACUUGGUCAGAAUUAUAUAGAGCAUUUGCCCGCUGUGCUGCUUUGGUGGCAACUGCAGAAGAGAAUUUGUGCUGUGAGGAACUUUCUUCCAAGAUCCUGUCCAGUUUAGAAGAUGCAGGCUUUUCAAAUUUGUUGCUCUUAGAUAGGAUCAUUCAUAUUAUUACUGUAAUGGUUGAUUGCAUUGACUUCUCACCAUAUAAUAUUAAAUAUCAGCCAAAAGUUAAAUCACCACAGAGACCUUCAGAUUGGUCCAAAAAGAAGAAAGAACCUUUAGGGAAAUUGGCUUCUUUAUUUAAACUUACUGUGAAAGUGAUCUACUCUUUCCAUACUCUGAGCUUCAAGGAAGUACAUUCUGAUACUCUCCUCACUGUUGGCAACUCAGUCACCAGUAUUCUUUCCAAAGUACUUGGACGUAUUUCUUUGCCUUCUAUGAUCCGAAAAAUAUUUGCAACUUUAUCAAGACCUCUGGCAUUAUUUUAUGAAAACUCAAAGCUUGAUGAAGUUCCUAAAGUGUAUAGUUGUAUGAGCAACAAGUUAGAAAAGCUAUUAGGAGAGAUAAUUUCUUGUCUGCACUUCAGCUACACUGGAACUUAUGACAGCGAACUUCUUGAACAGAUCUCUCCAUUAUUAUGCAUAAUAUUUUUGCACAAGAAUAAACAGAUUCGAAAACAGAGCGCUCAGUUCUGGAAUGCCACAUUUGCUAAAGUGACGAUGUUGACUUAUCCUGAAGAGUUAAAACCAAUAUUAAGACAAGCCAAACAGAAAUUUCUGCUCCUCUUGCCUGGUUUGGAAAAUGUUGAAUUUAUGGAGGAAUCCAGUGGCCCAUACUCAGAUGGAACAGAGAAUUCACAGUUAAAUAUGAAGAUAAGUGGCAUGGAAAGAAAAUCAAGUGGAAAAAGAGAUUCUUUUUUGGCACAAACAAAGGAUGCGAAAGAAAAUAUGAAACCACCAGGCCAAUUGAAAUUAGAGUCGCCUUCUCCAAAAACAAAGAGUGAAAUGCCUUUGGAAGAAGAAAAGGCUGUCGACUUUGUGUUUAUACCUUCCGAAGGAAAAGAAGCAAAGGAAAGAAUACUAACUGAACAUCAGAAAGAAGUACUCAAAACAAAGAGGUGCGAUAUUCCUGCCAUGUAUAAUAACCUGGAUGUUUCACAGGAUACUUUGUUUUCUCAGUAUACUCCUGAAGAGUCUUUGGAAGUUCCUACUUUAACUGAAAAAUCAAAGGAAGAUUCCAAGGUGAUAUUUAAGGAGGAACAAAUGGAGAGUGACAUUGUCAUUCCUCAAGAUGUCACAGAAAACUGUGGUAUGGAUGAACAUCCUGAAAAGGGUUCCCUUUCAAAUAAUGAGAGUGGUUCUAUUGAAGAAACCAGCGCAGACAUACUGAGCAGUAAUAAUGAUGCCAGAAAGAAAGCUUUAAUUUCAUCAACGAAAACACCAACUGAAUAUGCAUCUAGUGCAGAAAAUACUUUUGGUGUCAACAGUAGCUCAGUUUCUAAUGUCAUCAUUUCUGGAACUCUCCCACAGCCUACAAGUCGGAGGCAAACUUUUAUUACUUUGGAGAAGUUUGAUGGUUCAGAAAAUAGACCUUUUAGUCCAUCUCCCUUAAAUAAUAUGUCAUCAACUGUUACAGUGAAAAAUAACCAGGAAAACAUGAGUAAAACAGAUAUUCCAUCAAAAACAAAGAAAAGAGAAAUAGCUCUUGUAAAAUCUGACUCUGAAAAAAUAGUGCAUGGAAUUAAGAGAUCAAGCCGAAAGUCGAGUAAAGGUGAACAAACUGGGAAUAAAAGGUCUAAGCUCUUAAUGAGAUCUGAGCAGGAGAAAAAUACUCAGGAAUCUGUUGAUGGAAUGGUAGCCUUAGAAAAUAACCAACCUGGUUUGCUUAAUCAGACAGAAUGUAUGUUAGAUAAUAACCAUACUCAUCUCUCUGAAUCUGCAAUGGAGUAUGAGGAUACAGUGCUUAAACCAACAAUAGAAAAUGCAGUGUUAUUAGAAAACAGUACUGUAGAAGACAAAACAUUAGGAAUUAAUUUAGAAUCCAAAGAAAAUACACCCCCAACUGUAACACCAGCAGAUCAAAUAGUAGAUGACGAUAGUACUGUUCAGAUAACUCCAAGCCAAAAAACCCUUAGACGAUCGUCAAGGCGACGUUCAGAAAUAGCAGAGCCCACCACUGACAGCCAAGAGAAAGAAAAUAAUCAAAAAAAAGAGAGACGUAAAGAAGAAGAAAAACCUCUUCAGAAGAGCCCAUUGCAGGUAAAAGAUGACUUGUUACUUAAGCAAAAACUGAUUUCUGAACAAACUGUGCAGGAAAAUGUAGAGAAAGGAACUAACUUACAUGAGAAGACUUUUGGGGAAACCAGCACUAAUGCUGAAAUUGAUGAAAGUAAAAGAAAGCUAGACCUUGAGAAUAUUAAAUCUGAGGGCGACGGUGCUCAGGACAUUGCAGAAAAGUCCUCUGAAAAACCAGUAAGUGGACGAACACGGUAUCAAACAAGAAGAGCAUCCCAAGGUUUACUAUCCAGCAUUGAAAACUCAGAAUCUGAUAGUUCUGAGGCAAAAGAAGAAGGUUCUAAAAAGAAGAGAUCUGGAAAAUGGAAAAACAAAAGCAGCGAUAGUGUUGACAUUGAAGAUCAAGAAGAGAAAGUGGUAAAACAAGAAUGUAUAAACAUUGAAAACCAGACACUUGAUUGUAAAGCAAAUUCUGACGUAGACCGAGACAUAAAGUCUCAGAUUUGUGAACAAAAAGAUGAGAGUAGUGUAACUCUUGAAGAUUCUACAGUAUCUUCAGAUUUAUUGCAGGUUUCUGAUGACGUAUCAAAUACUUACGAGGGAAAAAUCAAAACCAACAAGUGUGCAGAAUAUUCUUUUUCAAACCCAUCAGUGCCAGAAUCAAAUCUCAGGACUAGAAAUGCCAGUAAGAGAUUACAAAAACGAGAUUCUGUAGAAAAUAACAGUGUGGGAGAAUCUUCAAAAAUAGGGACAUCAGACAUUUCUUUGCUUUCUGAAAAAUCUUCUCAAACACUUGAAUGCCAACAUAAGAGAAGUAGGAGGGUAAGGCGAUCUAAAAGUUGUGAGUGCUGUGGAGAAAAAUCACAACCUCAGGAAAAGUCACUCAUUGGGUUAAAGAAUUCGGAAAAUUACGAUGUAAAGGUCACUGAAACAAAAAAGACAGACAUGCAAACAGCUGUACCUGUAUCAGAAACUUAUAAAGUUAAUCUGUACUCGGAGGUAAAACUUUCAGAUGAGCAUCAUGCUGUGAAUUUUCAUUUGGGUCUCAAGGAGGAGAAUGAUACUGUUAAUGAUUCGUUAGUCAUAUCUGAGACUGAGUUCAAAGAAGAUACUGUCCAAAACCCUCUUCCUUCCGAAGUAGUGAAUUUUGAACAAGAAACUUGUGAUACGAAUUCUGCAGAAGCAACAUCUCUUGAGAGCCAAGGGCCGUCCAAUAAAAAAUGUAAAACUGUUGGCCCAUCUUUAGAUGAUUCCAGAGAUAAUUCACUGGAAUAUUCUACUUUGGAGAUUAACAAAGAAAAGCCAGAGGCUGUCCUGGAGAAGGAACUAACAAUAGAGAACAUUGCCAGUGUUGAAACAAAUGCAUGUGAAGCUGAAGCAAUAUUUAAUCCAGAAGUAGUAGAAGCUGUUGAAUUGGAUACAGAAAGUGAUCAAUCUGAAGCAGGCUUAUCUGAACAAAAGGAUGCCAAAACUGUUGUUUUUGAAGAAGAGGUAAUGGAGAUAAACAGUGAAAGAUGUGAUAACUCUGAAGCAGAGGCAGCUGAAGAACCGAAUGCCGAAGAAACAGUAACUAAAGAAUUUAAUUCUGGUAUUGGUUAUUCUGAUGAUACCGCACCUAUAAAAGUGAGUGCUCAGGCAGAGAUACCUGAACAAACAGCACUUGGGGAAUUAGAUGAAGGAAGUGAUGAAUCUAGUCCAAACUCAUCUGAAGAAAUGAAUGCUAAAAUGGAAAAUUAUGAAGAGACAGUGAUUAGUGAGGUAAAUGCUGAAGCUGACCAAGUCAGUGAAACAGAGGAUGGGGACUUGACGACUAAAAUAUCUACUAAGCUUGUACAGGCCAAUACAAAGACAUUGACUAUGGGAAUCGACAGCUUUGUUUUCAACACCCUUGAGAUGAGUAUUGAAGAAGGAAAGGUGGACUCUAAUAAAACUGAAGCAAAUAUUGAACUUAGUAAGUCUGAAGAAACAACAUUAGAUGACAAUCAAAUGGUAGAAGGGAAUGAUGAAAUUUUACAAGAAAUUCACCAUACUUCAGAGAAAGUGGAGGAAACCUCACAGUCUCUGACAUCUGAAACAGCCAUCUCCGAACUAAUAACAGAAGACAAUAAUGCAUCUCCUCAAAAAUUAAGGGAACUUGAUCCUUUACUUCUAUCAGCAAAUGGCAGUCCUAGUGGCAUGCAGACACGCUGUGUCUGGUCUCCUUUGGCUUCUCCAUCCACCAGCAUUUUAAAGAGAGGAUUAAAAAGACCACAUGAAGAUGAGAUAUCGUCACCUGUUCACAAGGUUCGCCGUGUCUCCUUUGCAGAUCCAAUAUACCAAGCAGGAUUGGCAGAUGACAUUGAUAGGCGAUGCUCUAUCGUUAGAUCCCAUUCUUCAAAUAAUUCUCCCACAGUAAAAAGUGUUAAAACUUCACUUACACAAUCUAAGCAUAAUGCCACUUCAACCAAAGGAUUUCUGUCCUCAGGAUCACGUAGCCCUAAAUUUAAGAGCUCAAAGAAGUGUUUAAUUACAGAAAUGGCUAAAGAACCUAUGCCGUGUCCAGCAGAAAGUGUUUACCCAGCUUUGGUGAACUGUGUGGCUCCAGUUGAUAUCAUUUUACCUCAGAUUACAUCAAAUAUAUGGGCAAGAGGACUGGGACAGCUCAUUAGAGCUAAGAAUAUAAAAACAAUUGGUGAUUUGAGUACUCUUACAGCAUCUGAAAUAAAAACUCUUCCUAUCCGUUCUCCAAAAGUGUCCAAUGUAAAAAAGGCUCUCAGAGUUUAUCAUGAGCAACAGGUAAAGUCUCGUGGACUAGAAGAGAUACCAGUUUUUGAUAUUUCUGAAAAAACAAUAAAUGGAAUACAAACUAAAUCUCUCCCUUCUGAUGAAGAAAGACUUGCCUCAGAUUUAAUUGAUCCUGUUGCUUUAGAAACUUCAUUACCUAAAAAUCUUAUGGCACAGAUUAGUGCACUUGCUGUUCAACUGGAUUCAGAAGAUCUCCAUAAUUAUUCAGGAAGCCAGCUGUUUGAAAUGCAUGAGAAACUUGGUAGCAUGGCAAACUCAAUAAUAAAAAAUUUGCAGUCACGCUGGAGGUCACCAGCCCAUGAAAAUUCCAUUUAGUAUCUUAAGAGAAAAUUGAAGGUUUUUUGUUUUUUUAACAUCACUGGAUUUUUUUGAUUCAUAAAAUAAGUUCUGAAAUACAGCACAGUUUCAGUCUGACUGUUUGCAAAGUUGAUAUUUCAAACCCUGAAGGGCUGUGACUUAUUACGUAAGUUCAGUUUGUAAGUUCAUAUGUAAAAUUUUUGUUCAUACAUUUUCUUGGCUGCUAUGCAUAGCUUUUUGAAAAAUUUAAAUACCUUGCUGAAACCUGAAAAGCAAAAACUAGAAACAAAAGCAUUUUAUUUUACACGUCUUAAACUCCUGGAUAUUCUGAUGAAAUGUUCAUGUAAAAUACGUUAUUUUAAGUAAAAUUGAACAUUUCUAUUUGAAUUUUUGCUGAACUGGUAAAACUGUUUAUACUUUUUUUUUUUUAAUUUAUAUUUGUUGUGCCUGAGGUUUAAGAAAUUUGUUCUUUGUAGAACACCUCAAAGGAGAUGCAGAAGAAUUGAAAUGUUUUUUCGCAGAUGUCAAUUUUGGACACAUUUCAAAAAAAUACCAAAAGUUGCAACUUUUGGGGUUAAUAUAUUAAAGCCGAAUUUACUAAAAUUCCAUUCAUUUGCAUUAGCAAAUAUUUGUGCAACAGCAUUGGUGAAAAUUUAGUCGUUUGAGACCUACCCCAUUCAUUUUAAAAUGCAUGACUAUUUGUACAUUAUGUAUAGAUUUAAAUGUUUUUAAUUUAUAAAUUUCAGCCUUUGUUAAUGGCAUGAAUUUUCCUGCAGCUACUUGUGAAUACCUUUGUUUGAUAGAAACCUAUUUUGUAUAUAUUAAAUGCUGAGAGAUCAGUAUGGACAGUUAGAAGUGAUUUGUGGGCUUGCUGCAGAUGAUUGUAGGAUUCUGUAUCUACAAAUACAAAUAGUUUUGUACUUAGUAGUCUUAGUAAAAACAUGAGUUUAUUUUCUAAAGUAACCAGAAUGAGUUAUAGAAAUGAGAAAGUGUUACAUAAGAACUUUGCUAUUCAUACCUAUACUUUUUUUUUUUUUUUUUUGGAAGGAGGGUGUCCACCACUAGAAAACGUGCUUCAUCACAUUUCUUUUUAAUGGAGAGUUAGUAUGACUAUUUUUGUUACAACUUGGACUAUAAGAAAUCUAGACUUUAUCUGCUCUUUUCACCUAUACCUAAAGCAAACUUGGAAGAAAUUUGAAAUUGUUCUUUUGAAAUAUGUAUGUUUUGCAUAGUUUAAAAGAAUAGGGUGUAUAUAAUUAAAACGUUUGUAAAUUUUACCAUCUAGUAUUAGUGCCUGACUUCCCACAUUUGUUUCGUCUCUUCACAGUGAGAAUAUCUCAUUUGCUCUCUGAAUAGAAUGAGUGAGUGACCUCAGUUUCAUCCUUUAUUCAGAACUUAACCAGAUUGAAAAGGCACACAUUAUUCAGCAAGUUACAGCAAGUUUAAUCCUUGUGUCUAGUUAAUUCUUAUAAUACUCAGAAGGGGACCACCAGUCAGCCAGCAAAGUUGGUGUCAAUUUCAUAAUUAUAAAAUAGUAGUUUAUAUCGUCUCUCUUUUCCCAGAUUCUUUUUUAUAGUAAAGAGGCACGUAAGUUUUUUUAGUUAACAGAUGUAAGAAGGUGUGUGUGUGUAUGUGUUUGUUUGGAGAGUUAAAAUUGGCUUAUUUCUUACUGUGUCUUAAUGUUUGUGUUAACUGGUUGGUGAAAUGAGUUCUAGGGAACAUGAACAGUAUAGCAGAAAAUGUGACUAAAAUGAUCAUUUACUUAAAUCACUGAAUUUGAUACAAGCACAGCUAUUAAUUUUCAAAUGUUAUAGUUGCACAAGGAUGUAUUUUAAAAUGUUUUUUGAAGGCAGAAACCAGCUUUCUAAAUCUUCAUUCCUGAUAUAGUUGUAAGUGUAUAUUUGAGGCACCUUAAUUUUAAUAUUCUUGCCUUAAAUGUUUCUGCACAUUUUCCCCUGAAUGAUUCCUGAAUAGCAAAAAGUAUUAACACUCCUUGAUCAGUUUCAGUGUGUUGUUUCACUAUUAAAAUAACAUCAGUUUUCCAGCUAUUUUCUAAGGGUUAAUAAAACAAAUGGCAAAUAUUAGUAAGAGAAUCUAAAUGUGAUUUCUUAUUUUAUGCAUUUAUGAAAAGAAUCUGGUUGCUUGCAGAAGCAUAGUACAAUUUAUGUUCCAAAUGGACUUUGUAUAGUGGAUUUAAAUUUUCAGCAUUGCAGUGAGCCCAUUCUCAAAAUGCUGUGACAUUUGAACAAGUUUGAAAGCCAUUGUUGAAUGGUAUGGAGCUUUUGUUCUAAUUCCAUAUUGUCUAAGAUGAAUCGGGUUUUACACCUUGAAAGUAGUCAGGGAUUCUGUUAUAUUUUAAGAACCAUAAAAAUGUCAAGCAAUUUGGAUUAUGUUUUGCCUAAAAUAAAAGUGGCAGGGCAAGAAACAAAAUUAGGGGGAAAAUGGGAGAGGGGUGUGUCUUUGUGUGUGUGUAAAAUUUACAAUUAACAUUUUUCUAAAAAAUUAAAAAAUUUUUUAAUUAAUUAAAAAUAAGUGCCAUUUAGAAAACCUUUCUUGGAAUUUAACAGAAAAUGUGAGUCAAAGGGGUCACAUUUUCCCUUAAUGCCAUUCUUUUCCAACUUGACUUUACAACCCAGUAAGAAGGGCCUAGUUUCCGUCUUAACAUUCUUUGUUAUUGAUUUUCAGGGAGAUACUUUGCAGCUGGGCUAGGAGGUCAUAAAAUAGCAGCUAUUGACAAUAUUACGAUUUUGGUGGAAGGGAGAGAGCUGUUUGCUCAAUAGCACAACCCUUGUCUGUUUUAUUCCUAAGCCAUCAGAAAGGUUAUGUACAUUGUAUACAAACAUUAAAGUUUUGACUUUUAACAGUGCUUCUCAAAUUUGGCCUGUAUGUAUGAAAAUGCAGAUUAUGAUUCAGCAUUUCUGGGCUUGAGGCCUGAUAGUUCAUGGCCAAAAAUUUCCACAUGAUCCAUACAAAUGCUCAUGUCUGUGGGUAGGCCUAAGAUGCUUCAGGCUGCGAAUUAGGUGAUAAUAACUCAAGCAGGUUUAAAUCCCAGGAAUUGUUGCUACAAAAGAUAAAGAUUAGUAUUUUUUAAAAUAAUUUUUUUUCAGAUUUAUGUUUGGGGGUACAGACUGGUCUUGAAGCCUUCAAAUUAAAGUUCAAAGUUUUUUCAAGAGUUAAAGGUAGAAUUUUGCCUCAUUUGGAGCCUUUUUUAAAUAUGGAAGAUUUACGGUAUUGGAGAGAUUUAUGUUUUUAAGUAGGCAGUUCUAUAUUUCAUAUUGUAAAGAACCUUACUAAGCAGAUUAGACGAUUUGAACCUUUUUCAUUAGUGUAUGUGGAUUAUUUUCUCAUUUUUCUAAUAUAAAAGUAAAAUUUCAAAUAUUAGGAAUGUAUUUAGUCUCUAAAUCUUGCCUUCUAAGUUAUGGGGCUUCAUAUUUUACUAAUAAACAUUGAAAACAGACUACCCCUAAUUAAGAUUAACUUGGCAGUAAAGUUAGCAGUACCAAAAUAAGUCCUAAAAGAUGUGAGUUGUCAUUUUACUAAAGACUUCUGGUUACUUUGCCAUUACAUUGUUGACAGUUUGUGUCAUCUUAAAAUGGUGUUUGAAAAACAAAUAAUUUUUCCCAAAAAAUGAGUUUCUCUGGGCAUUGUUAUGUUGUGUUUCCCUAACAUAUUUUAAAUGCUUUUUGUGUGGAUUGCACUCCUUCAGAGCACUUAAGAAAAUGUAGCCAGAAGUUAGGUAAUGGGUUUUUUAAAUUGAUUUAUCAAAAUUUGUUGAUUUUUUUUUUUUUUUU